AUUUCAUUUAUAAUAAUGAUUAUUGUUCUGUCUUUGUCUUUCGCUCUCCUCCAGGCUGAGACCACUCCCGACGGCCCUGAUGUGGGCUACGGCUCGUUUCAUCAGCAGUAUUGGUUGGAUGGCAGAAUAGUAGCUGUAGGAGUUGUGGACAUCCUUCCCUCCUGUGUGUCGUCCGUGUACCUGUACUACCACCCCGACUUCUCCUCGCUCUCAUUGGGCACCUACUCUGCUCUCAGGGAGAUUGCCUUCACCAGGCAGUUGCAGCAGCAGUCGCCCAAACUGUCCUACUACUAUCUGGGUUUCUACGUCCAUUCAUGUCCCAAGAUGCGCUAUAAGAAGUCAUGACAAAUUCAGCGAUCA